UGUCACUUGUCAAACUUGAACUGUCACUUUAACCUUAAAAACGAACUUUUAUCGUCUUUUUUUCGUUUUAGCGAAUCUGGAUGUAACCCUUUAGCAACUGGGAUCUUAUCGGACAUCUUCCCCGAAGAAAAACGAGCUCUCGUCAUGUCCCUUUUCAACUGGGGAAUUUACGGAGGUUACGGAAUCGCCUUCCCCGUCGGAAGGUACAUCCCCCAUUUGAACAUUUGGGAUCUAGGCUGGCGCAUAACCUAUUACGGAGCCGGCGUAAUCGCACUAAUAAUGGCCGUACUAACCGGACUAACAUUAAAAGAACCCGAACGCAAAAGCAUCGGAGAAGACGCAACCGGCGACAAAAAAAAAGUCUCAAUUUGGAAGGUCAUCUUCGAACCGCGCGUUGUAAUGUUAUGCAUCGCAGCGUCAAUUCGUCAUUGUGGCGGAAUGUGUUUCGCUUACAAUUGCGAUUUAUACUACGAAACUUAUUUCCCCGAUUACGAUUUAGGAUGGUGGUUAUUCGGCGUAACCAUCGUCAUCGGUGGAGUUGGGAUCGUUAUAGGGGGCGUUGUUUCCGACAAAAUCGUCGCGAAAAUGGGAAUUAGAUCGAGAGUUGCAGUUUUAUCGAUAAGUCAAUUAAUUUCGACUCCUUUCGCGUUUGGAAGCGUUUAUUUUAACCCCACUUGGGCCAUGAUCACUUUGGGGAUAUCUUAUUUCUUCGCCGAGAUGUGGUUUGGAAUUUUAUUCGCAAUUUUGGUCGAAAUCGUUCCGUUGCAAGUCAGAUCAACAACCGUUGGGUUAUUUUUGUUCGUUAUGAAUAAUAUUGGGGGGAAUUUACCGAUUUUGGUGGAUCCAGUCGCGAAAGACGUGGGGUAUAGGGAGAGUUUGUAUAUUUUUUACGCCGGAGCUUACGGGAUAAGCUCGAUUUUGUUCUUUUUCACUUUGUUCUUUAUGGAUGGGCCAAUUAAGCAGGACACAAACGUUAAGGAAACGAAUGGGUAUGAUAAUAACGUUUUUACGACGUCUGAUGAGUCAAAUAUGAGCACCAUGUCGAUUGGGAACGGGAGGAGUCGAGAUAAUCAUCGAAAUCGAUUAGAAAAUAGUCAUAUUUAAUUGUUUCGAUUAGAAAUUGAUGUAAAUAUAUGUAUUUAUCCUUG